UUGAUAGACCGUGACAACGGAACGUGAGCUUGGAUUUUUUUAGUGGCACAAUUAAAACAAAAAUCAAGUUCAACUGUGAGCUAUCCGAAGAUAGUGCUGCAAAUAUGGAUACUACGUGCGGGGAGAAGGAAACGGUGGAGCUGGCGGAUUUGUUCGACUCGAAAGAACCACUUACAUUUUUCGUAAACGGCAAAAAGGUCGUUGAUAGCAACCCCGAUCCCGAUUGCACGCUGUUGGUAUAUUUGCGAGAGAACCUACGGCUCUGCGGUACGAAGCUCGGGUGUGCCGAAGGAGGAUGUGGAGCCUGUACGGUGAUGGUAUCGAAGAUAGACCGUAGUACCGGUAAUCUGCUCCACCUGGCGGUAAAUGCGUGCCUGACGCCAGUUUGUGCCGUCCAUGGUAUGGCCGUUACAACGGUGGAAGGUAUCGGAAGCACCCGGACGCGCCUGCAUCCGGUGCAGGAGCGGAUUGCAAAGGCACACGGCUCGCAGUGUGGAUUCUGCACGCCCGGCAUCGUGAUGUCCAUGUACGCGUUGCUCCGCAGUUCACCGGUUCCAACUAUGCACCAGCUAGAGGUGGCCUUCCAGGGAAACCUGUGCCGCUGCACGGGCUACCGGCCAAUUUUGGAAGGAUACAAAACGUUCACGAAGGAAGGUUUGUGCGCGAUGGGGGAAAACUGUUGCCGCAACAAUGGUGCGGUCAAUGGAAAUGGCUGCGGAGAUCGGACGGAUCAUGUGCUGUUCGAGACGAGCGAGUUUACGCCGUACGAUCCGUCUCAGGAACCCAUUUUCCCCCCGGAACUGAAGCUAUCGGACACGCUGGAUCGAAAAUCGUUGGUCUUCCGAACGGCUCGGACGGCCUGGUAUCGUCCGACGGAACUCGAUGAGCUGCUCGAACUGAAGAAACAGCACCCGAACACGAAGAUCAUCGUCGGCAACACGGAGGUUGGUGUGGAGGUCAAGUUUAAACACUUUGAGUAUCCCUUUCUAGCCAAUCCGAUUCAAAUCAAAGAGCUAACGGUAAUAGAGAGCAGCGAACGGGGCGUAAGAGUUGGGUCCGCUGUGACGCUGAUGGAAAUGCAGGCUGCGCUGCAAAGGGAAAUCGAAACCGGUCCCGAGCCGACAACUCGGCUGUUUACGGCCGUCGUGGACAUGCUGCAUUGGUUUGCGGGCAAGCAGAUUCGCAACGUGGCGUCGGUCGGUGGCAACAUUAUGACGGGCAGCCCCAUCUCGGACCUGAUCCCCAUAUUCAGUGCGGCCGCCGUGGAACUGGAAGUGGCGAGCGUCGACGGAGGCUUUCGGAAGGUUCGAAUGGGAGAGGGUUUCUUCGUUGGCUACCGGAAGAACGUGAUCCAACCGCAGGAAGUGCUCGUUUCGAUGUUUAUUCCACGCACCACCGAAAACCAACACUUUAUCGCCCACAAGCAGGCCAAACGGAGGGACGAUGAUAUUGCGAUCGUUAACGGUGCUUUCAAUGUUCGCUUCCUGCCGGGAACCGACGUAGUCGAUGAAAUUCGGCUUGCUUACGGCGGCAUGGCCCCAACGGCGGUGCUGGCCACGCAGACCGGGGCCGCUCUCAAGGGACUUCGCUGGGAUGGGCGGCUAGUGGAGCGCUGUAAUGAUCUGCUGGUCAAGGAGCUUCCGCUCAGUCUGACCGCACCGGGAGGAAUGAUCCUCUACCGGCGAUCGCUAACGCUUAGCCUGUUCUUUAAAGCAUACUUGGCCAUCGCCCGCGCACUGGACAACAGUGCCAUCAUGGGGCGUGCAUCUCUUCCGGAGCGCGAAAGAAGCGGUGCCGAUACGUUCCACACGCCCGUGCUAAAGAGCGCCCAGCUGUUCGAGAAGGUUUCGUCCGAUCAACCGACCACCGAUCCGAUCCAUCGUCCACAGGUGCACGCGUCGGCGUACAAGCAGGUCACGGGUGAAGCAAUCUACUGUGACGAUAUUCCGCGGUUCGCGAACGAACUGUACCUGGCGUUCGUGUACAGCAGCAAGGCACACGCCAACAUUCUAUCGAUCGAUCCCACGGAAGCGCUGCGAGAACCCGGGGUGCACGGGUUUUUCUGUGCAGAUGAUCUGACCGACGAACAAAACCAAACGGGCCCGGUAUUCCACGAUGAGUUCGUUUUCGCGAAGCACACCGUUACGACGCAGGGCCAAAUACUGGGGGCCAUUGCGGCCGACAACCAGACGAUCGCGCAACGGGCCGCUCGGAAAGUGAAGGUAGCGUACGAGGAGCUUCAGCCAGUUAUCAUCACGAUCGAGGAUGCGAUCGCUCGCGAAUCAUUCUACCCGGGCGUUCAGCGAUCAAUCGCCAGGGGCGAAGAUAUCGAUCAAGCGCUGGCCAAAGCCGACAUUGUCGUUAAGGGCGACUGCCGCCUGGGAGGGCAGGAACAUUUCUACUUAGAAACACAAGCAUGUCUGGCCAUUCCGAAGGAUUGUGAUGAGAUAGAGGUGAUCAGCAGUACCCAGCACCCGACCGAGGUUCAGAUGCACGUCGCGCACGCCCUGGGCAUUCCGGCGUCGAAGGUGGUGUCGCGUGUCAAACGGCUUGGCGGUGGAUUCGGUGGAAAGGAAUCGAGGGCGGCCCUCGUGGCCAUACCGGUAGCCUUGGCGGCCUAUCGGCUCGGAAGACCGGUGCGCUGCAUGUUCGAUCGGGAUGAGGACAUGGGCAUUUCGGGAACUCGCCAUCCAUUCUACUUCCGCUACAAAGUCGGUGUUAACAGAAACGGCCGACUGGUUGCUGCCGAUGUGCGUGCCUAUAACAAUGGUGGCCAUUCGAUGGAUCUGUCGUUUGCCGUACUGGAACGAUCGCUGUUCCACAUCUCAAACGCGUACCGUAUACCGAAUCUUCGGGUUCAGGGAUGGGUUUGCAAAACGAACCUUCCGUCCAACACGGCCUUCCGUGGCUUCGGUGGACCUCAGGGUAUGUUGGCGGCCGAAACCAUGUUGCGGCAUGUAGCACGCACGCUGCAGCGUGAUUACAUUGAACUGAUCGAGCUGAAUCUAUUCAACGACGGCGAUACGACGCAUUACAACCAGGUCAUCGAGGGCUGCAACGUGCGACGGUGCUGGAGCGAGCUGCUCGAAUCGUCCGACUUCCACAAACGGCGCGAAGCCGUGGAACAGUACAAUCGGGAGCAUCGUUGGCGUAAGCGAGGGAUUCACAUCGUUCCGACCAUGUUUGGAAUUGCGUUCACCGUGCUGCAUCUCAAUCAGAGUGGGGCACUCAUUCACGUCUAUCAGGACGGCACGGUCCUGUUGACGCACGGUGGCACUGAGAUGGGUCAGGGGUUGCACACGAAAAUGAUCCAGGUGGCGGCAACCACCCUGGGAAUCCCGUUCGAUCGCAUCCACAUCUCGGAAACUUCCACCGACAAGGUACCGAACACGUCGGCCACGGCCGCCAGUGCUGGGUCGGAUCUGAACGGGAUGGCCGUGCUGAAUGCGUCGCAAAUAAUAGUUGAACGGUUGGCACCGUUCCGUAAGCAGUACCCGGACAAGGACUGGAACUUUUGGGUCAGUAAGGCUUACUUUAGCCGCGUGUCGCUGUCUGCCGCCGGAUUCUAUGCCACCCCAGAGCUGGGGUAUGAUUUCGGAACGAAUCGCGGAAAAGCAUUCAACUACCACACGUACGCAGCGGCCUGUUCCGAGGUGGAAAUCGAUUGUCUCACCGGCGACCAUCAGGUGCUGCGAACGGACAUUGUAAUGGACUUGGGGUCCAGUCUUAACCCGGCCAUCGAUAUCGGACAAAUUGAGGGCGGAUUCACGCAGGGAUAUGGUUUAUUUACACUCGAGGAGAUGGUUUACUCGCCGAAGGGACAAGUGUAUUCGCGUGGCCCCGGCAUGUACAAGCUGCCCGGGUUUGCCGAUAUUCCCGGCGAGUUUAAUGUAUCGCUGCUAACGGGAGCACCCAAUCCGCGGGCGGUCUAUUCGUCGAAGGCUGUCGGUGAGCCGCCACUGUUUCUUGCAUCCUCCGUUUUCUUUGCCCUCCGGGACGCGGUUACUGCUGCGAGGAAAGAAGAAAACUUGGGACAAGAGUUCACAUGGAUUUCCCCGGCAACAUCGGCUCGCAUUCGCAUGGCCUGCCAAGACAAAAUCACCGAAUGUUUCCACGAGCAAGCAACCGAAGCAGAGCACGUUGUACCGUGGAAUGUAAUGCCUUAGAUCUUAGUUACCUUGGUUCACGAAAUGUGCAUUUUAAACCGUCUGUCUAAUGGUCUCUGGUCCACGGAAUAAUCUUCAUUAGACGAGAUUUUACUUGUAAGUUUUAUACCCAGUGCAUGGUUUAACGAUGGCCAUAAAAGAAUAAAUAAA